GCGGGGAAGCGGCGGCCAUGGCGGCGCAGCAGCAGCAGCUCGGCCGGGAGCACCAGGGCAUCACCCUGCGCGGCAGCGCCGAGCUCGUGGCCGAGUUCUUCUCCUAUGGGAUCAACAGCAUCCUGUACCAGCGGGGCAUCUACCCCCCCGAGACCUUCACCCGCGUGCAGAAGUACGGGCUCACCCUGCUGGUCACCACGGACCCCGAGCUGGCCAACUACCUCAACAAUGUGACGGAGCAGAUGAAAGAGUGGCUGUACAAGUGCAUCGUGCAGCGCCUGGUGGUGGUCAUCUCCAGCAUCGAGAGCAGCGAGGUCCUGGAGCGCUGGCAGUUCGACAUCGAGUGUGACAAAACUGCGAAGGAUGACAACGGACCACGAGAGAAGUCUCAGAAGGCAAUUCAGGAUGAAAUUCGCUCUGUCAUCAGACAAAUAACUGCCACAGUAACCUUCCUGCCACUCUUGGAAUCUGCCUGUGCCUUUGACUUGCUGAUAUACACAGAUAAAGAUUUGGCAGUGCCAGAAAAGUGGGAAGAGUCAGGACCACAGUUCAUAGCCAAUUCAGAAGAGGUCCGGCUGCGUUCCUUCACCACCACAAUCCACAAAGUCAACACCUCAGUGGCUUACAAGAAGGAUUCUGUUCCCUAAGAUGCAGGGACAAGUUUUGUGUGUGUAAAUAUCCUGUCACCUUGUAUAGUUUCUGUUCAUCAUGCAGCUAAGCCAUGAACACAUCAUUACUGUCCUCUUGAUGAAGUGUGACACAGUGACAAAAUGCCUGUCUGUGAUAAUGUGACACUAGACUAAGCUGGCAUCAUUUUUAAAGAGAUUUUAAAAAAAGGUAUUCAUGGUCAUAGUUCAAUUCUUACUGUAUGAGCUAAACUAAUGGUGUGUUAAACCACUGCCUCUGCUAGAAAAACUGCCUAAAUCUAGGAUUAGCUGCUAGAAUUGUGUUCAGAUCCUGUAAUUUUAUAUUCUGAAAUUAUUUUAAAACUGCAUUCUGUUAGCAGUCUUAAGUUCUCUGUAGCAACAAAAAAAACCCUCAUUUCUGGGGUGCCAAUUCUCAUGUUAAAAGCCUGGGUUGUUUUAUUACCAGAAAUAACCCUAAAACAAAUCAACCAAGCAAUUUUUUUACCUCUCUACAAUGGCAGCAGCUGUUUAUCAGGAAAACUUUAAAUAAACAAAGCCAUGUAUUUUAAUGACCACUGGGCUCUAGUUCUGGGGAUAGAGUUGUUCCGUGUACAUCUGUAGUGUCUGUCCAGCAUUUUCUGUUUGUAUUCUUGUUUUACAGAAUAAAGCUUUGAGUUUUAUAGUGUUCUCUAAUUCAGAGUCUGCAGUCCUUCGCAUUUCAGAUGGGUUUAUGAAUGCUACAUCCUAGUCUAGAACUGUCACACAAGUUUAACACCCAAAAGGCAUCCUCCUUGUGUUGUUACUUAACUGUUUCCUUCCUGAGUCCAAGUGGUGUGGAGUCCAUGUGACACCAUUCGUGGAUUAACAGCUUGCCCCCAAGUAAGUCUUCAAAUAACAAUUUAAACAGCCACAGUGAAGCAAUGACUUAAGCACACUGCCUUCUGUAUUUGUUAAACAGCAUUCAGCUCUUCAUGUGCUCUUACCCAAUUUUGUAUAACAAGAAAUUAGGGAUUUAAAACACUGGAAGGAACUUUCACUCUGCCAUGUUGUUUUUUUCACUUCCUUCACUAAAUUCAUUCCAGACAGAGUGUUUAACUCCGUUUUUUCCACCCUUCUUCAGUGAUGUAGGACUUUCUGUUAUAAUAAUAUAAUUUCAAAAGUUUAUUUAAAAAAAAUCAAGUACAUAUACCCCACACCAUGACUGUAUUACAACCUUUUUGAGCUUUCCUAUUUCCAGGAAAAAAUUUUCUCCACCAGUCCCAAUCUAG